CCCCUGCACGCCCACAACACUCACAUGCUCUCUACACGCCUCUUCCAACCCCUUAAUCCUCCCCAACCCACGCUAAUCUUGACGAAACACCGCAGCUUUGAGCUCAUGUAACAGAAUUCGCUGAUGUAAACAGUGUCAUUGGCCCAGCGUGCAAGAAUGCACUCGGCCAAUGCACAAGUCGUUUCAUCUGCAGCACGCGUCACUGAGCAACAUCAUCAUUCUCUUAUCACACAUUUCUCUCUGAAUGACAUGACUCCAAAGGCACAAUGAUGAAUAAUAUACCUCGUGAGACAUUACAGUGAACACAUUAACUCUGCACCCGGCUCCAAGUUUUGUUUGAGACGAGUGAUGGUGCGGCUCCUCCGGUAUGCGCGGUCACUGGAUUAUCACCGCGGGUUUUGUGUGAAUGUUUAUGUCAUCUGCGUAGUGCUUUCUUCUCAGGCUGUGGUGGUGAAGCAGAAUUAUGAAGACCGGAGAACUGCCAGGAUAAUCAAAGUGCAUCAUGUUAAAGUAACUUGUGUGCUAAAUUAACGUUCCCUCCAUCUAAUGGGAAAGAGAAACGCUUUUGUCUAGUGAUAGUGAGGUUAGAAUGUGAUCAACUUUGUUGCUCUUCUCGCUGUUUGUAAGGGAGGGUACGGCACGAUGGGGAGCAGUUCGCAGUACUGUCUCCGCUGGAACAACCACCGCAAUAACCUGCUGGCCGCCUUCGACCAGCUGUUGCAUGUUGAGGCCUUCACCGACGUCACCCUGGCUUGCGAGGAGGGCGUCACACUUCAUGCCCACCGGCUCGUCCUCGCCGCAUGCUCCUCAUACUUCCAGGCGCUCUUCGUUAACGCCCGCACUGCCCACCACCCCAUCGUGGUGCUUAAGGACGUGCGAGCGUGUGACAUGCGGGCAUUGCUCGAAUAUAUGUACAGAGGCGAAGUCAACGUCGAGCAUGACCACCUUCAAAGUCUCUUGAGAGUCGCUGAAAGCCUUAAAGUCAAAGGUUUGGUGGAGGAAUUGGGCAACGAAACAACCGGCCGCCACCCACCCUCCCCGCACGAAGCCGCCCGAACGCCCACCACUCCAGUAGACACCCGCCUUCACCCAGACCUCCACCGUUCUCGAGAGCCACCCAGUUCCACUGCGCCGCCUUCUUCAGCCUCCGCCCUCGACAAAGUCUGUCUCUCUUCCCCCACACCCCCACUCUACCCUCUACCCCCACCAGGUCUGCCUCCACACCGCGCACAACAUCGACAAGACCACCGCCCAGACCUCAGAGACCACCGCCCAGACCACAGGGACCACAGAGAACUCAGAGACGUUCGAGAACUAGAUCUUCGCGAAAGCAGAGACCUCCGCGAAAUAAGGGAACAAAUACGCGACCAUUUGCGAGACCACCGGGAGAGCCACGAGGCCAGAGAUACCCACACUCCGGGGAGUCUGGACUCCGAGCCUCGCCAACCCCUCUCUUUAGUGUCUCAUCUGCCUCCGCCAUGCCCAGACUCUCCACCACACAAACGCAAGCGGCCGCCCAUGAUGGGCGACCCCAUGCUCUCACCGACGCCCAUUCUACGCACUGCACUGGGACACACCCAUGGGUUCCCUGGACCUGAUAUGAGCUCGCUGGUGUCUUUGGCCUCCUCUAUGAUGCCCCUACCAGGCCUCCUUAGCUCACAUGUGCCUCACCUCCUGCCCCAUGACCAUCGCGAUCACAUCGAGACUCAGUAUGGUGUAAGUACAAAGAAGGAACUCCACGAUGAUGAGUCGCGAAGCUUCUCCGACAUAUCCCGAGAGGACGAGCAAGACAAGAUCAAGCUAGAGUCGCUUGCCAAUGGGCCUCUGCUGCCUGAGUUCAACCCAUACCACUUAGAUCCAAAUGGUUCUUCACACUACAGCAACUUCGUCAGUUAUGUUCCAACCCCGAAGCCUGAGUGGAAGAGAUACAAGCAAUACACAAAAGCUGAUCUCAUGGAUGCAAUUGAGGCUGUAAAAAAUGGCAUGACAGCUUUACAAGCUUCUCGCAAGUACAAGGUCCCCUCUCGAACACUUUAUGAUAAAAUUAAGAAGAUGGGCAUCAGCACUUUACCUCGCCGUCUACCAAGCAAGAAACCUUCCCCAUCUAAUACUGACCUUGAUGGAGGAGCUUCUGAUCCCCAUGUCCCACAGGAAACAACAGAGACAUCCUCACAGGACAGAGAUUCUCAUCAAGACCAUGAAAAGCGGCUAAGUAAAAGUCUCCCAAGUGAUGAAGAUGAUCACUCAACAUCUGGAGCUCAUAUAGUAGACGACGAAGAUGAAUCUUUAGUUUCAACACCGGCUGUAGGAUCUUUCUCCCUUGUUGGUCGCAAGAUGUAUGAAAAUGGAAAUGGAGGAGAACCUUCAGCGACGCCCCUUGACCUGACAGAUACGGACUCUCUGUUACUGAAGAGACCAGAAAUAGAGGAACGUGCUUAAUGAAGUUAAAUAGCAUAAAACUUCAUAUCAGGUCCAAGUGACCUGACUUAAGUCAGGUCAACAUACUCUGGUGGAUUUCACCCUUAUGGACUGUGUCACAGUUUAGUUGGCCAAGUUCUCAAGGUUGAACCACUGUCUGUACUCAGGUUAUCUGGAGUCGUCUCAGCAACCAGUCAAAGUCUUGGCAAUGGGUCCAACAUUAGAAUGGCCCUGGGAAAGAGGCAGACCUCCUGCUAGGGUUGUGAUCUCCCAGCUCCACAGUUGAAGGUGGUUUCCAAUGUAGGGUAUUAUUUAUUAAUUUUACUAUUAUAAAAGCAUUUCUGAUAUCAGGAAAGACUGCUUUUUGGUAGCCAUCACAAUUUGGAAACAAUUUAGUUCCUUUCAUUCCAAAUAUGCCUACUUGUGUAUUAUGACUGUACCAAUAGUUCUGAGCCACAUACAGGUUCAUCAGCAGUGGACAUGCUCUAUAGGCUCGACUUUGCUCAGGGUAUUCCUGCCUUUGCUUUGAACAGCUUAUGUUGUGGUAUAGGUUGUGAACAAAAUACAAAAUGCAUUUUGUAAGCAACAUACUGCAGUGUGAAUGCCCAAAAUACUCGAUCCAUCUUUUUGAAAGAAAAUCCCACUAAAUAUGAUUAAAUGUGCUAAAUAAUUUAUUAUGAAAAGUUGUCUACCUACAAAACAAAUUAUAAGUGCACAACAAAAAAUCUAUUUAGCGAGUCUGAGCAGGAGUAUCUACAUAUUACUGUGCCUGUGAGUAACUUCUGCUGAAUGAUUAGCAGUAUAACUUUAGGUGCAUAAAGGUGGCAGUUCAGCAGGAGCUUAGGGAAAUGUGCAUUGAUUUGAUAAUCAACUACUGUACGUUUGUUAGAUAUCAAAUUGUAAUUUCAAAUAUUAGCUGAUUUUAUUUAUUACUACUAAACAUGCACAUUGUUUUAAUUCUAAUGUAAAUAAAAUAAGAUACAAGUUUAUUGUCGAAUACAUACCUGUUUCUUGCCACUUGAAGUUCCCUUUUCAUUACAUGGUAAUCAAAAUUGCCCUAGUGUAUAUUAAAUUUUCCACAAACUUGUAAAUGUAUCCGUAGUUAUAAGAUUGCAAUUUUUGCUCUUGAUGUAUACUGAAAUACCUCACCUAAACCAAGGACAAUUGUAUACGACCCACAUUUUUAAAAUUAAUUACGCUAGAAAAGUAUACGACCAGAAUUAUAUAUCUAUAUAUGUUCUUAAUUAGCUACUGUCUUAAUGAAUGCCUAGUUUUAGUGUGAAACAGUUAUGUGAGUUAAAUUUUUUGUUAUAUUUUAGUGUAUAUGAUAUUAUUAUAAGUACUGUAUAUAAAUUAUGCGAGUAUACGAGUGGUAAGAAACUGCUAUGCCUUUUUCACCACAAAGACUUGAAUAGUUGUUAAAAAGCUUCAUUCUGACAUGACAUGGAUCAGUCUACAAGAAUGCACUAAAUUUAUUCAGAAAUUAAUGAUCUGUGUGAAUCAUUAAACAGAAAUUGUAAAUGAUGUGAAAACUGAGAGGUUUCUGUGAUCGUAGCAAGCAGUGUGAUGCUAAGAGCUUAGCAGCCAUGGUCCAAGACAGUCAUGUGCAUGUCUUCCCUUUUCCUUUGGGGCUUAACAGAGGAAGUAAAAGAAGAUGAAGGAAGUGUAUGGCAUGAUUACAAAAGAUUGAAAAUGACAAGUGUUGAUAACUAUCAGCUGAAAUCUGUUGAGGUUAAAUAAAAAUUGUGUUCAUAAAGCA